UAAAAAUUCCUUUGUUCUGAUUGGUUAAUACAAUGCUUCGAGGCAUCUCUAGCGUUUCCCCGACCGCAGUCUAACGCGCACACACAGUAGCGUACACGUGUAUCUGUGCGCAGCUUGUGUUAAGUGAAAUAGGAAAGUUUGGGUCGUUAUCAAUUGUCUCUUUUUCUUUUAUCAUUGCACUGUAAAAUCUAUUCUCAUUGAUUGUUGUUGACGUCUGCGGAUUAUUGGUAAAUAAUCGGUAUAUAAUAAUUGAUAUAAUAAUUGGUAUAAUAAUCGACGGUAAAAUAGCUAAAAUAACUGGAACUGGGUGAAAGAUGCCUGCAAACAAGUCGAACUUAUCGACACCCCGUAAGGAAAAGCCCGGCAAUGGGUUGAUCGCCGCUACCGCCGCUGCUACCUCCAAGAAAAAGAAGCGCCCCGCCUGCAUUAAGCAUAAAAAACAUUGCAAGCAAUACCUGCAGCUUCAUUCGGAAUACAGGAGCACGUACACAUGGCACGAGUAUACAGGACCGCACCAGGAGCAUGCUGUUGUACGACGUGCGCCGCAACCGCCGUUAUCGACGAAGCAACCAAGCGCGAAGCUGCAAUCGGCCAAGUCAACCGAGGAUGAGAACAACGAAGGACCUACUCUGGAACCACCAUUACCCAGACGAAAGAAAUGCCCAGAGCUUGCUUAUAAGACACACGGGUUUAUCACAGCAGCGGACGGUGGUGGUAUCGAUGCCAUCGACUCGAACGUCGUAGCUGAUAAGGAAGUCACAUCGGCAUUGCCACCAAGUCAGCUGAGCAAAGCGAUAUCUCGUAUAAGCACCGAAUACCGGCUGCAAUUUGCUUGGCCUAAAAAACCUCAGCUGAUAAAUGGCGAAACUCAGGCACCGGUUGUAGCGGCGGGUUUUUCCGCGGCCAGUACAGGCCACUACCCGCCAAGGAAGUCGCUCAGCAUGGGGGCCCUUAAACAAGGCAUAACGACUACUGGACCGGCACCGGUACACAAAAAGCGACCAGGCGACUUCGGACACAAACGUGAUGGGAUUCAGGCGUCAGAACUGGAACCAUUGGUAGGCAGCGGAACGGAUGCAAUCGACGGGAUGGUACCAGAGGGCGACGAGCGCGAAGAGGAUAUAACGGACUUGAAAAUAACUUUCAGGAAAAAAAAGUUAAAUAAAAACGUACGGGUAUCGGAGGCGCCGGGCAAAUCGCAAGUGAAACCAUUUCCUAUGGCGGAGGUAAUCGAGCUUCGGCGACUCGCUGACGAGUAUAAGCAUCGUGACUGGGGUUGUGACUGGGAUCUGACAGCCGAAGACGAGGCUUCAUUGUGGAAACAAGUCUCCAAUAAUCAUGCGCUCAACGCUCUAUCUCUUGCCAGAUCGGUUACUAAGGAAGAGAAGGAGAAGGAGAAUAGGAAGGUUGCACCGAUCGCCAGCAUGAUCGCUACAAAGCCACCAGCGGGCCGACCGUCUUCGGAGCAAGAUAGACCGAUACAUGGUUUAUUGCAGGACGAUACUAAAGCGGAUAAUGAUCGAGCCACCGCUCGCGCAAGAAAGGAUUUCUUGAUCCGUCACCAUCUUGACCGUACUACUGGUGUGGGUGACGGUGCACUACUUCCCUCUCCAACACGAGAGAAGUUGGAGCCUGUGAUCCCACGACGUCGCGACGAUAUCAAGGAGCAUCGAGACGAGAUUCAGCCGCGAACUAAAUCCAGUCCCAAAAACAGUCCGAGAACCGGACGCUCGCAGAGUCUUGGACCGACUGUCACCGAUCGUAGAUCUCCUAAACGUCAGCCUAUACGCGCACCGUCCGUUACUAAGGACGCCAAGGAGAAGGAGAAAGAGAUGAAGGAUAAAGAGCAAAGAGAGAAAAGCAGCGAGCGCGAAAGGCAUCCACGACCGACGGGUGUUUCAGCCGCGGCGGGCCCAGGCCACCGUGUCCGUUGGAGCAUACGGGAACUCGCGACUCCAGUUUCCUCGGUGACUGGCUUGUUGACACCAUCUAUACCGCCAUUACCGCCGCCACCCCCGGGCCCAGGGCCUGCUCUGCUCCACAGGACACCCUUCCAAGCCGCGCAUCGUAAAUCCUUCCUCGCGACCACCGCCCUUCCCCAUCGCCCUCUUCAUCAUGCCAAACCCACAACCACCAUCACCACCAACACCACCACCACUGUCACUACCGCUAACAGUACUAGCGCAAGUACCGUCCCGGUAAAACGUUCCCCGGUAAAGCAUUCGGUUCAUACGACCGUCCAUCACCCACCUACGUCGGGUGCUGCUGCUGCUGCGGCCAGGCCGGAGCGCGGCGUUAAAGAUUUAAGCCAAAGGUGCCGAGGUGCGAAUGACGAGGUUCAGGCAAAAUUGGCCCGCGGGCAUCCAGCAGCUGCGGCUGCAGCCGCCGGCAAUGAUCCAUCAUCCAAAUCAUCCCUCGAUACGCGAUCCGCAUCAAAUCAAGCCGCUACUGCCGUCGUCCAAGCUAAGCCUCUCACGCGUCCGCAUAGCGAGACGAAGACGUGGGCACCAUCGUCUGUACCAUCAGCACCGCAAUCGGCACCGCCUGAACUCGCGGCACAACACAAAUCACAACAUUCCCAGCACUCUGGCUACAAAUCACCAGAGAGUGAAAGCGUCUCACUCGGUAGUUUUAGCGGCAUAAACGGCCAUAAGGAUCUAGACUCAGAAAGAGAUAGCCCAUUACCCACGAACAUACAGGAUACAUCCACGAAGACUGAGAAGAUCAUUGGCAUUGUUGAGGAGACGAAAGAACGACAGAGCCCAGAACCGUCGGUAAAAUCCGUGGCGGGUACGAAUUUAAGAUACCUGGAGGAUCCGACCUCCGAAAUGGAGAAGAAGAAAGAUAACAGCCCACCGACAACAAUUACGACGACGCUGGCGGCAACAUCAUCAUCUAUGUCGCCUGCAACGCAACAGAGCUAUCGUAUUCUCGAGGCUGAGUCGUCGCCUCAGGAUACUGGCGGCAGCGGCGGUACCACGAGCACCGGAAGUAGUACCAUAGGCGGUUAUCACGUCUUGGAGGCACCAGCAAUAGUGCCGGAUUCGACACAACGCUCGGCGGCGAGUGACGUUCUCGAGAAAGCGCGUAAUCGCUUUGACAAGUUCUGGGGAAAGGGUAAUAAUGGCACGGAGAAUUAUAUAUAUAUAUAUAAAGAUUGUUAUGCCUAA